CCCGCUCCGCUCUACUAGUAUCUAUCUUCACUGCAUGCGUUGGUGGUUCGUUUAUGUUAACCCACCACCCACCAGCAGCGCAACGCAAGAGCUUCCCAUUCCCGUAUCCCGUCCACCAAAGCCAAAUCUACUACGCCGCACCAACCGAAUCGGAAGAGUAAACAAAAAGGCAGCGUCUGAUCCGACAUGCCGCCGGCACGUUAGAAGACAUGGGCGGAAGCCGGAUCGGAGCCCCCCUCCCCUGGCACUGGCAGUGACACACGCACACGCGCAUCCGUCCAGAUCCAAGUGCGUGCCUUUUGGGCCUCAAAAGCGGAGGGGGAGGCCACUGCGGCAUCUUGCACCAUCAGCGCAGCGCAGCGCGGCACGGCGAGGAGUCUGGACGAAGGAGCAGCCGAGCAGGAAUCAUUCCGCUGCAAGGCUGCCGUCCGCGCUACUGCCCCCGCUUUCCGGGGCCGGGCGGACCCGCGCCCGCCUGUCGUCUCCUAUCCAGCCUGCCCGUGCUCGGGCGUGUUCACCACCACCGCCACAAGGGCCGGGGAGCCCUGCCGCCUUUGCUGAUUCGGCUGUACAACAGCGCGCUAGCCUUUUUUUUUUUUUUACUACUGAGAGAGAUGCUUCCCCUGCUGCUUAUAUCCACCCUCCCGGCCUUCACGCUGCUCCUCGCCGCGCCCGCCACCAAGGCCUGCUGCAAGCUCGCGCGCGAGCUGGCCCUCCUCGCGCUGCUGCUGGCGACGGAGCUGCUGCGCCACGCCACCGCCGCCGCCGCCGCCGCGGGGAGCAGGGAGCGGGAGCGAGGCGCCAGGAUGCCGUCCGCUUCGUCCAAGCCGGCGCCCGCAUUGGCGUCGGCCCCCUCGGCCGAGGCGGAGACGACGGCCGCCGCCGCAGCCGCCGCCGCGGGGCUCCCGCUGCUCGACCUGCCGGAGCUCGCGCUGGACCGCGUCCUGGAGGAGCUCUCGCCGUCGUCGCUCGCGGCGAUGGCGUGCGUGUGCUCCGCGCUCAGGGACCGCUGCUCCGCGGACGCGCUGUGGGGGCGUCACCUGCGGAUCAAGUGGGGGCGCGUGCUCGGCGCCGCGGCGCGCAGGGAGUGGGAUGCGGAGCUGGGCGGCACCGCCAGCGGCAGCGGCGCCCGCGCAGGCGCGCCGCGCCCGACGACGCGGCGCAGGAGCUGGGUCGACUCGCUGGCCUGCGCGUGGCCCUUCUCCUCCUGGAUCGGCUGCCGCUGGCUGCUCGAGGGGGAUCACAACCUCCCCUCGCCAGCUGCCGAGUCCACGCCCGCCCCCGCCCCCGCCGCGCCGCGUACGGACACGGUGGCCGCGUGGUACCGGGCGCUCGAGUGCGGCGAGUUCUGGUUCCCCGCGCAGGUGUACAACCGCGAGCAGGACGGGCAUGUCGGGUUCGUGCUCUCGUGCUACGACGCGCACCUCCGCUACCACCAGCGAACUGACACCUUCACCGCCAGGUAUCCACCGCACGGCCGGAAGGCGGCCAAGGAGGAGGACGGCGUAAAGUGGAACAGGGUCCGCGCGCCGCCGCUGGCCACGCCGGCGCACGACCUGCACGCGUCGGACUGCCUGGAGGAGCUGCGCCCGGGCGACCAUUUCGAGAUCCAGUGGCGCAAGAACAAGGACUUCCCUUAUGGCUGGUGGUAUGGCGUCGUGGGUCACCAGGAGUCGUGCAACGGGAACGAGCAUUUGUGUCGCUGCCACCAAGACGACACGGUCGUCCUGGAGUUCCAGCACUACGCCCCCGGCUCCCGAUGGAGGCAGACCACUGUGGGCAGGAAAGAUCACAGGGAGAAGGGGGACGAGACGGACGGCUUCUACGGAGGCAUCAGGAAGCUGCACACCAAAGACGAGAUAUCAACGUGGCGACGGUUCUGGCCCGUCGAUGUCCUCAACUGAAGUGAAGAUCGUAUUCGUUAUGCAUCUGCAGACUGCAGCCGGUCUGAGCGCCUCCGUUCCAAAUCCCCCGCCCCGUGUACAGUUACGGAGAGCUCUCUGCACACGCGUCUGAAAUAACUCCGGAACCCUUGUGGUUGUGGGGGGUCUGAAGGAUCUAUUUUUUGCUAGGAUUCAUGGUGCACAAGUUUUGCUCUGUCCAAGUUUGGUUUAGAAGAACAGGCUGCUACGGAUGAUGUACAGGUCUAUCCAGUUUUCGAUCUGAAUUUAUGCUGUUGCCAUAUCCUGGUUUAUGUGCAUCAUAAAUUUCGGAAUCCAUCGCAAUCCGCCCAAUUUCAAGUUUUUGUCU